GUGUACCCGGCAUGUCCUCCGCACAACGUCUAAAUCGUGAUCAAUUACGUGCUCUGUUGUUCGAUCACAUUGUUGCCGAUUCUCCUUGUGACUUCGGUCUUGAAGCUCACGCUCGGCUUCCUGUCCAACCACGCUGUCGUGCACUUGCCUUUUCUGCUGCACAACUCAAUGUCCAUCGCUCCCAGUUUCUCUCUGCUGUUGCAUCCGCGGAUCUCCGCAGUGCAUGUCUUCGUCGUUUUGUUGCACAGUUUGCUUUGCCCGUUGAAUCUGAUGCAGAUCUACGGACUAUUUGUCACAGCAUUCUUCACCUUGCAUCGCAAUGUGCUCCCUCUUCUAAUGUUGACGCUUACCAACAAUGGCGCCUCCAGUGCGCAGCAUGUUGGCCUGAAACACUCACGUUGGCUACGAAUUCUGAAUCAGUACUACCUAACUUCCUCCCAACAACUCUCCACUUUGGUUUGCGCUGUCUGUGCCGCUGCAAAACCUUCGCAUGAGUUCGUGCCAAAUUCUAUGCAGUUGAGCGCUUAUGACACCGACUUGCUGGUCAGUGUAUACCCCAACCAUGGCCCGAACCCGUUUGCGAAUACACCAUCCCUGCACCACAUUAUGAUCUGUCCUGAGGGUGUCGUUUCCGACUGCGAUGGUCACUUUAGACUCCGAGUCUGUCUUGCUUGUCACCGUGCAUUGAGGCGACACCGGUUACCUCCCACUGCAAUGGCAAAUGAUCUGUACUUGGGUCCUUUCCUCAUUAUGUGGCUCUGUGGUUGACUGUGGGGUUAGAGAGCGUCCCGACCGGCGUCGGAACAAAUGACGUCGAUCAGGGUUGGGUGGUGUUUUGAUGCCGUGGCCAGGCUCGAGUACGUUGGACAAGGGAUUGUGUCAUUUCUUCGUAUGUUUCAC